AUGGGCGAUGAUUCUUUGAUAUUACGAGAAGAUGGUUAUAUACGUAUGAACUUUCCUGUUACUUCUCUAACUUAUCAUAGCAACUUAAAUAUAAUUCUGGUGAAGACUGACGUAGGUGGUGUACACGUUUUGGAUGUGAACUCGGGUGUGAUACUGCAGUCUUCUUGUCUGUCAGCGGAUGAUGGUGGAACGCUUGGUGUGGAGUAUGCGACGGGGGCGGAUCGGGUGUUCGUGUGGGACAGCAGUGGGGUCGGUGCGCGCACUGACUACAAUGGAGUGCUGCUCCUCCACACGGCACUGCAGCGCCCGCUGCCCUCCUCACAACCCGACAAAAUCAUAAGGAUCGAGCUUGUAUUGUCUGAGGCCGUGCUCCUGUACCAAUGUCUUCAGAGUCUAGACGCCCACUCCAUCGAGGGUCUGACAGACUUUAUCAACGAGCUGAAGAACUCCAUCGACGCAGAACCUGUCAGGAAAGGAGUGAAGGCACAGAAGUGGAGCACAGUAACAAUCUGCCUACCACAAUCGACCCUUCGGCUAGUGACCACAGGCGUGGUCCAAGAGCUGAAGGGUCAGAACCGGCGGAUACCAGCGCUGGCGAUCGCGUCCGCAGUCGGCCAGCGCGCCAACGAGCUGGUGCCGUGCUCCCGCGAUGAGGAGACCAGGCCGCUCAUGUACAGCGAGGCCGAGAGGAAGGAGACCUUCAAACGAUGGCCCCACAUGGACUACAAAUGGGCCCUUCCAGCUCGGAUGGCACAAGCGGGCUUCUACCACCAGCCGUCGCCUAGUGGUGAUGACCGCGCCAUGUGCUUCACAUGCCUCGUCUGCCUGGUCUGCUGGGAGAAGUCUGACGAACCCUGGGUGGAACAUGAGAGGCAUUCUCCCAACUGUCCCUUCGUAAGAGGCGAAUACACCCACAAUGUGCCCAUAUCGGUGACCAACGCGACAGCAUGUGCGGUGCCUUGUACGAAUGUGACGGUGGUGUCGAAGGGCAACACAGGGGACCUCAUCGCGACGGGCACUCCUGAGGGCAAAGUGAACAUCUGGCGGUUCGACUGUGGCCUCAAACUUGUCAAGUUCAUUCACCUGUCGCCGUAUGAUUCGAUAUUCAGUGGCAUACUGGCGACUGACAGCAAUAAAGUAUGGUCAGCAAGCUUGGAGAAGGAUAGUUCUACAUACGGCGUCGAGCUGACGGCGAUGGCUUUCGUCGGGAUGACGUCACAGCAAGAAGUUUACCCACAGACACAAAACACAGAGAGCACAGAGAAAGAGACGAACACCAACAAAACGAAACCGUCCCUCAUCUGCGCCGUCAUCAUCACUAGGACAAACACCACACAGACUGACCAGCCCAUCAAAGAAGACUCCAGCAAGGCGCUCUUCGAUUCGGGAGCCGACAAAGAAAGCGUUCAGGCAAUGAACGAUCAAAAUGAAGCAAAGAAUAAUUUGACAACAAAUAAAAUGCUCUUCCUUUUAACAUAUGACAUACACAGCUCAUUAGCUGGUUCAAUAACCACUGUAGUACACACGUCAAACAGUAGCGGUAACUCCAAACCCGGCGGUAGCAAGAAAGUGUGCACGGUACCGAGGCCCGACGACGCGAACAUUUACGACGAGAUAUACUUCCAAUACUCCGACGAGGACACAGAGCUUCCACAAUGCACAAAUAGCUUAGACGAGCAAAUUAGUAAUGUUAUUAACUUGAACGCAUCGUCCAGCAAGGAAGAUUGCAAAAUAUGGGAACCUAAGAAAAUAAUAGUGCCGAAACAUUUUAAAACCAUGCCCCCUCCGCCUCCCACUGCCCUGUUACCUGAACUACAAGAGGCUGGACAAGCCACCAUGCUAGACUUCGUAGGCAAGAUCUCACAACUGAAGAGUUGGAAGAGUGGCAACCUAGACUCUGUAGGCACUAAACUAGCUGACCAAACUGACGCAGUGUUCCAACAGGCUGACCCCAUCACACAUUAUCUCAACAUGAAUGGACCUCUAGAGAUCUCAGACUUGAAGUGGUACGAAGGAGGAGAUGGAACUGAAAAAGUAAAAGUGACAACGUUCGGAGGAGGAGGAAGCAAAGUCGGUACACAGACUGCAAUCACAAACAGUAAUAACGACGGCUUCGACAGCGACCCACCGCAGGAAGAGGCCGUCUCGCAGGGCAUUGCUGUCCAGUGCCUCAGUCUUCCAGCUAAACUUACAUUGAAAGAUGAUUCCAAAGUGACGCAUCUAUUGCCAACUGAAGACAAGGAACAUCUGCUCGUAGUCAUAUCAAGUAUCGAACCAGAGAAGGUCAAGGUAGAGGAGGAGACUGACAAUGAUGGCGAUACCAAAAUGGACGUGGACGAAUGUGCCGAACCCAGUGAUAAACCUAAAUCUGACGCGAAGGCUUAUUUCAUCCUUUAUAAAAUAAACAAUAAGACGUCGAUAUACACGCUGGAAGACAACCCUGUGGCUUUCAAAGAGUUACCAUUCCACGAAAGCCCUGUAGACCUGUGCUUGUUACCGCCUGAUAAACAGGAUCAGUAUUCAUUUGCUGCUGUAGGAGUCGACGGUAGCCUAAGGCUGUAUUCACUGCCUGACUUCAAGACUUUGUCAGAGAAGCGCGUACCAAAGGGACAGUUCACGUCUGUAGUAUUCUGUGCGUCAGUGGAACGGCUCAGUGUGUCUACUAAGCACGGCAUGAUAUACUUCUACGCACUAAACAACGGCGAGAGGGACAACGCAGGGGAUAUAGACGAAGAUGAAUUCGCUAACAUUGACUUCGACAUGUUGCAGCGCGCGCCGCGAGACGAGGUAUGUGGCCCGACCCCUGCACCCGUCAUCAUUGCUAAUAAGACUGAACUCGACUUGUCCGACCUAGAGACUUUGAUAAACUUGACUGGCUAUUAUGGUACUAAUACAACGGUGCCUUACAGCGCAGUUGUGCCUGGGUUUUGGUGUGAGCUGUCACCUGCACAAAGGUCGAGAUCUGAUCAUCAAAAUAAUAGGACAUGGAGGUUGCAGAACACUUCAUCAACGUGGGACGAGCACGUCCUGGAGCUUACAUUACCUUACAGUGUCUCACUAGCUCAUAUAGAGUUUGGAUUCACCUUACACUCGGCUUGUUCUGCAAAUCUUCCAAUCAUUCUCGUAACGUUACUGAAACAAAACUUGCACGGUAUCGGAUACAAGAAAGACGCCUCUUUUGGUCACAGAUCGGACUCCCCGAUACAUUUCCCAGUUAUAGACGCGGACAUGUCGAAUCUCGAGAAUCCUGUCAAUAGUGAAGAGUACUUACAAGCACAUAACGCUGAGAUAUUGGCGGGACCUUUAUUACUGUCUUCUGGACUGGACAUGACACAACAAUCUGGUACAUUAAUACUGACGAGCCCUCGGUUAUAUAGAGCCAGAGGACGGACAUUCCUCAUUCACAUAAAGACACUCUUCGAUCCAGCCAAAGACAUGAGCAAAAGCACAAACAAAACAGGCGAGACUAGCUCUAAGAAGACCGGUUUCAUUGGCUGCGAUUGGUUGCACCAGAUUUCAUUGACAGUCCGCUCUAGUCCUCACACUGACGUAGCUAUGGAGAGGCAGCAACGGAUAGCUAUGUUAGAGUCCAAUAGUUUCUUGAAUACGUUAUGUGAGAUAUCUGUAAACAGUGCUGACAGUGAAAUGAGGAAUAUUGCGAUGGAUCUAUUAAUAUGGGUGGUGUCGAUACGGCUACAACGGAUGCGUUUAUCGAAAACCGACAAAGGCAAAGACAAGACAGUGGAGACACAACAGUUAGAAUGCGUGAAGAUCAUUGAGAAACACACAGACGCACUGAUCAAGAACUGUAUUCUGUGCGCUAACAGAAGUAUUGCGAAGAAAUGCGUGAAAAUUCUUCUAAUUACUAGCGAGGGUGAGAAACAACUCCCGAAGCCAUGGAAGUCAACGUUCGAGACGACGUUAUCGAACAGUGUGUGUGCUUGUAUCCCGUACGUGGGCGCCAGCGUGUCUGCGGGCGCCGUGCGCUGGCUGGCCGCGCUGGCGCAGCAGUGCACGGCGCGGGCCAUGGCGCCCGCACUCGUCGCCAAGUGCAUGGCGCUGCUUGAACGAGCUGCCAAGUGCUUGAGUGACAGACCUGAUGUUUACCAUAGUCUGUUGAGAGCCAGGUUUGGUCUGUACGGUCUUCCAUUAGAGCGCACAAUAUUCGCGACGGAGGUACCGGAGUUAGGGCGCGGCACAUCCACCCCGGUAACGUACGCCAGUGUACUGGCUGGCGACACCACGACGCCCCCUGUUCCUAAACCUGACUAUCAGCUGAAGGAACUGCUCAACUUACCUUUGGAGAUGGAUGCUAAAAGCGCGAACUCAUCGACCGCGUGGUGGGCUCAGAACAACGGUGUUGGCGUGUUCGGCGCCGGGCUGAGUGAGGCCAUGCCACUACACGUCACGUGUCACGUGGCCUCGGACGGGACCAAGCUCGAGUCCAACGGGACGCGACAUCACUCCGCUGUUGUUAGCUCACUGCCUGGCGCUGGACCCGGAGAUCCUAGCCAGCAACUAUGGUCAGUCGUGAAGGAAGGCCAGAUGAAGCAGUCUUCGCAAGACCCUGACUCUCUUGAGGACGUUGAGAGCUCCCUCAUGGAGUGCGAUCCUCAGGAUAAGAUGGAGUUUUCCGAAGAGAAGCUGUUUAAGGAUCAGGAGCAGUGCGGCAUCCCGUGGGCGUCGCUAGUGACGCGCCCCCCGCAGCACACGCUGGUGGUGGAGCGCAUGCACUCGGGCGCGCGGCGGUACAUCGUGCUCGACUUCGGACACGCCGUCAAACUCACCGACGUGAUAAUCCCAUCGUGUUCGGACUUGGUGACACUAUGCAUAGAUAUCUGGGUGACUGGCGAAGAGACAGACUGCGUGAAGCUUGCCUUCGCCACCGACAUCGCCACCAAACACCUCGUACUUACUGAUAUACAGCCGCCGCCCAUCUGCCGGUAUAUGAAGAUAACCACAAUAGGUAGAUACGGCAUGUCGGCGAUGAAGUGCAAGAUCCCGCUCGGCUGGUUCUACGGCGAGGUGGCAGAGAUCACGCAUGUACAACCGAGCAUCAACGCGCUCAAUGCGCUGCAUCAAGACUUGACCUGCCGGUUUAGAUUAGCAACCGGUAAACUAAUGGAUCUCUUAAAUCCAUACCUCGAACUAUACAACGGCAAUGCAGCCCAUAUGAUGUCAUACAUGAACAUCAGCAAUGACGUAGACGCCAAGGUGGUGACUGCCUACCAGGAGUGCAUAGAGCUGCAGCAACAACUCCACACUUGCACCAACAUACUUAGAAAGCUACAGAACAAUGCUGACGGGCCUAGGAAUCUUCCAGAACUUAUUGACAAAGGUCUCGUCUCGUCUGAAGCCCUAUUAGAAUCAGCUUCGACGGAUAAGCUGAGAGUCAUUAGCGAGACAAUUGUGGAUAUGCUGCUGUAUUUCUACUUCCAAGUUGGUGACGUGCAAUACCCCGAGGUGAGCCGCGAGUGGUGCAGCGUGGUGGUGGCGCAGGUGUGGGAGUGGGGCGCGCGCGGCGCGGGCGCGCUGGCCACGCUGCUGGCGCGCGCCGCCGGCGGCCACGACUGGUGGGGCGGCCUGCUGGGCGACACGCUGACGCAGGCCUUCGCGGCCUACGACGCGCCGCCCGCCGCGCUGGACCGCGUGCUGGUGCUGGCCGUGUACAUGUGCCGGCGCUCCGUGUGGGCGGGCGCGGCCGACGCGGGCCCGUGCGCGGCGCUGGCCACGCGCGCGCUGGAGCUGCUGCGGGCGCCGCGCGCGCAGCCCGCCGUCACCGCCGCGCUGCUCAGCGCGCUCGCCGCCGUGCUCGACACCGUCGCCGCGCACAACGACAAGUACGCCAGAUGGGACUGGGUGACGGGUGGACGUGCUGGCGGCGCGGCCCCGGGCGUGGACGCCCAAGGCUCGCCGCGCAACAACGAAUGUAAGUUGCACCGACGCAAGCUGCACAAGAAGCUGCUGCACCAGAUGCAGGAGCUAGAAGCUGCUAGGAGGGGUAUACAAGUCGCACUUGAAGAUCAACAGCGAGCCCGCCUCAAUCUCAAGGCGCGCAUGGCGAUGGUGGGCAAGCGCGGCGCGUCCCGCGGCGAGUCGCCUGGCGGGCCGGAGUCGUGCCGCCUGCGGCCGCUGCCCACGCAGCUGGCGGCCCGCCUGGCGCACGCCCUCGUCGCGCACAUGCUCGCCGCCGACACUUGCUCGCAGGCCGACGCGCUCAUGCUCGCCGCCAAGGUAGUGGGAAGGCUCUGUGCACUAUCUGGAGGUGCAAGCCUGUUGGAUCCAUCAUGUAUCCUGGGCCUGGCCCGACUCGCUGUGACGUUGCCACCCUGGCCACGUCAUGCACUCACCACCUUACUGCAGGACCUAGUCGAAUACGAGUCCGGCGAAUCCCCGUCCAGUCCUCCGAACGAGGAGUCGUGGACCGCCGGCGCCAGUUCCUCCCGCGUUAUACGCGUGCACUCCAUACCGCCAGGCUCCGCGCCCGGGGUCAAGGCGCGCAAGUUUAAAGGACCCACUGUCGCAGAUUUGUUAGCGGAUAGUUUUGGUCUGGGGAAGACUACGUACUUCAAGCCCAAACUAUUUACCACAGCAGGUGUCAAUUUAGCAAAUAUCGACGUGGAGGAACAGCUAACGCAAGUGGCUGAAUCUGACGACUCCGAGUCUUCGGAAGAGAAACUCGAACAAUACUUCAAUGACGCUGUCAAGAAGGAAACCAGGACUAAACUCGUCGUGGACAAUAGCACCAGUAACGUGUCAGUAUGUUGGGACGCGCGUGUGGAAGCCGGUGGCGGUGGGUGCGGCGGCGCGGGCGAGGCCCACGCCCGGCGCGCCCUGCUCGGCACCGCGGGGGCACUAGCGGCCGCCGUGCGCGCCCCGCCCCGCGCCCCCGCCCCCACGCGCCCCGCCUCCUCCGCACAGGCCCCAUCCACCACUCACACACACGCUCUACGAUGUAUUCAGACACCUGGCGCUAGAGUUCCAUUAUCAGAUGGACUGCACAUUCAUGGAGAACGUGAUCUCCUUGUGGCUGACGUUGAACGGGUCGGCGUGGAAUGGCGGCGCCUGGUCGCUGGCCACGCUCGCCGUGCCCGCGGACACGCCGCGUAUACGCCUCGCUUCCGACACCGUUAA